GCUUAAAGCGAUGCGUUUUAACCUUGCAACAAAACAACGUUCCUAUAAAGCGACGCUUAUAUAGUUCAGAUUCAGAAGCAGUAAAAGGAGAACGAAGAAGAAGAAAAUGGGUUACGUUCUGAGAGUGAGAGCAGCGUCAUUCUUCGCGGGGGCUGCGACGGCGUCGUUUUUGGGGCUUUACAUCCUUCACAACGAUUACAAGGUCGGCCACCACUCCAUUUCUCAACAGGUGAAAGGUCUGCAUGAGUCAUUGGACACACGAAUUUCAGCUCUGGAAAAGUUGAAACAAAAUGAAGAAUUGCAGCCUACACAAGCAACCGAGUAGGUGCCUUUGACAAUGCUUCUGCGGCUCCACGUUGUGACAUGAAUUGUCAAUUGUCUCACUGUGAGAGCGGCUUUGUUUUUUUUUUUUUUUUUCCUUUUUGUGUUUCUUCUCCCAUUCAAAGAAUAAUUUCAACUUACUGUAUGAUGAUGACACUGUCAGUUGGACUAAUUUCCUGAGUUGUCCCAUAGUUGCUUCAUGUAUCAGAUGAAAGUUUAGAACUUACAUUUGUAUUAUUCAAAUGGGGUUGUGUUUCAUCAGUAGUUUAUUUGAGAGAGGAAUCAAAAUAUGCAU